AAUCACAACAGGCAGCGGUCCGCUUGUUGGGAGUGAGGCGCUCAUUCGCGGAGAGACGGGCGCUGGGCGGCUUCGCUCGGUGCGAAACUCCGGCCACUUCAUCCCGAGGAGGGGAUGGGGGUCGACACAGAGGCUGCUCGCUGCUUUCCAGCUUUUCACAUUUCUCCCCCCACCCCUUUCGGUGUGACUUUGUAACAUUUCCAACUCGUAUUGACAUUGUAAAAAGCAGCAGCCGGAGAAGAGUGGGGACCUGGCGGAGAAAACUCGCUGGUUCCUGCCACUUUGAUCGCGCCCUAGUUACGUACCUUUUCUUUGCGACUGCUUCAGUUUUUGUUUUCAGGAGAAACGUCCGGGUCUGAGGGAAGGCCGGAAAUAUAUACAUUUAUAAAGAGAGAGAGAGAAAAAAAAGUUUGAGCAAGUUCCAGGUGUGGAUUGAUGUCCCAGGCGAAGCACAGGGAGCUUGGAUAAGGAUGAAGGGCGCACCUUGUAUCAGGGCGGCUGUCCUCCUUCUCUUGCUGCUGGGGAGUUCAGAUGGGACUGAGCCCGACUGUCAGGAGGUCAAGAAAGUUUUCCAGCGGCGACAGAUCGGCCCGUCCAGGUGGCUGCCAGAGAGUCCCAGGCCAGGUUCUGAUCUUCAAGUGUGCACAUCAAAGGAUCUAACAUGCUGUACAAGAAAAAUGGAGGAGCGAUACCAAGCAGCAGCUCGUCAAGACAUUCAAAAUUUGCUUCAAACAUCCAGCUCGACACUGAAAUUUUUAAUAUCACGCAAUGCGGCCACUUUUCAAGAGUCUUUUCAGAAUAUCAUUUGGCAUGCAGAGAAUAACACCAAGAUGCUGUUCAGAACGACUUACCGGAAUAUGGCCUUCCAAGCAGUUGCACCAAUUCAAGAACUAUUCACUGAUGUUGCACUCUUUGUUUUUGGCUCAGAGAUGAAUGUCGACGAAUUUGUUAAUAGAUUUUUUGAUAGUCUCUUUCCAUUGGUCUAUAAUCAUCUAAUCAAUCCUGCCCUCACUGAUAUCUCCCCAGACUUUGCAGAAUGUGUACGGAUGGCAAGGAAGGACCUUAAUCCAUUUGGUAAUCUUCCAAAAUUAAUAACGAGUCAAAUGUCAAAAUCUCUAAUGGCUAGUCAUAUGUUCCUGCAGGCCUUAAAUUUAGGAAUUGAAGUUAUCAACACAACUGAUCACUUACAGUACACUAAAGAAUGUAGCAAAGCUCUGCUGAAGAUGCUAUUCUGCUCCCAUUGUUAUGGAAUGACUAAUGGUAAGCCGUGCAUGGGCUAUUGCCUGAAUGUGAUGAGAGGAUGCCUUGCUGCAAUGGCAGAAAUUGAUCCACACUGGCGGGAGUACAUCAGGUCACUGGAGGAUCUGUCAAAUGGAAUACAGAGAAGUUAUGACAUAGAACACGUUUUGCUGAAUCUCCAUUCAUUAGUGAAUGAUGCGAUUAUGAAUGCUCAAAUCAACGGGCCAAAAUUGUCAGCAAUGGUAAAUAGAGCCUGUGGACAUCCUGUUCGAAAGCCCACUCAACCUUUGGAACACCAAACAGAUCCUUACAAUGAUAAACCUGGGCUGAAAAUCACUCAUAAAGAAGAUGAGGAGACCUUAUCCAACAGGAGAAAAGAGUUCAUCAAUAGUCUACGGUUAUACAGGACUUUGUACGGUGGAUUGGCUGAUCAGUUGUGUGUCAAUGACUUAGCAGCUGCUGAUGGACAAACAUGCUGGAAUGGAGAAGAUCUCGUGAAUAGCUAUACACACCAAGUUGUUGGCAAUGGCAUCAAAGCUCAGUCAAGCAACCCAGAGGUGAAAGUGAAAGGAACUAACCCUGUCAUAAAUCAGAUUGUCGAUAAACUGAAGCACAUCAAUCAGCUGCUGCAGGGAAAGGUGAUCCCCAAGUAUGAGCAAUGGCAUUCAGCAGAAAAAGGCAGUGGACAAGUAGAUCAUGAUGACAUCCAGAUCAGUGGGGACUGUGAUGACGAGGAUGGCUGCAUUGGAUCAGGAAAUGGAGAAGUGAAAAAAUCUUUCAAAACGUCUGAAUCUUCAGCAGGGGUCCACGAUGAGAACAAUUGGCAAAAUGCCAUUAUCGAUGACGUUGAUGCAACCUCACAGACAGAAGACGAUGCUUAUUCAAAUAAACCCGGUGCAGGAGUCCAGCACUCAAGUGGAAAUGUUAUGGUUACUCUGAUCAAUUUGGUGGCUUUAAUUCUUUUCUGGUAAAUGCACAUCUUUCUAUUUUUUGAAUUACACCUUUUAGUUAAAUAAUGGAAAACAGCAGCAAUACAGAGAAUAAUGGCAAUGAUGUGCUUUAGCUUUUGCAAUACUGUUUGUUUCAAUUGUUUUACUUUAUUGAAAAUGUGCUGCAAAAUUGAGGUAUGUUAGUUCCAUUUAUUUUUGUAACAACCUUCCACCACAGUCAGCUUCGUACACAUAUUUUUCCAUUCUUAUUGCUGCAGUGUGUAGUAAAUUUGGGUCAAUUUUCUGUUUUGAAAAGUAGAAACACCAAGUUGGAAUUUUAGCUUUUGAAGUUAGGAGAGUGAUGAAAGCAUCAAAAAUGGAAGGUAACCUAUUCUGCCCUUUGAGCCUGGUCUGCCAUUCAAUACGAUCAUGUCUGAUCAUCCAACUCAGUAUCCUGUUUCAACAUUAUCCACUUAAUCCAUUUAGCCCUAAAAGCUGCUGACUACUUCUUGAAGCAAUCCAAUGUUUUGGCCUCAACUGCUCUUCCUGUAGCAGAGAAUUCUAUAGGCUCACCACAUUCUGGUGAAGAAAUUUAUGAUCGUCUCAUUCCUAAAUAGGCUACCCCAUAUCCUUCAGCUGUGUGAUCCUUGGGAAAAAUCCUUUCUGCAUUUACCUUGUGUUUUAUUUCAUCUAAUGCUGGUAUCAGCCUGUGAUGCCAGGAUGAAAUUUCACCAAGUAUGAAUGGAGACAAGUCAAAUGGGGAUUCCACCUGCAAUUUUGAAACAAGCCAUUAGAAGCUGUUUAAGAUGUUUGAGAACACCACUGACUACAAUAUUGCAAGCCCCAUCAAAAUAAUUUGAUUUGCGCAGGGGUGGUAUGGUUGGUGCAGUGUGGGGAGAGUCAGAUGAAUAUCAGAACCUUGUUAGAAUUUAAAGAGCAGCAGUAGGGCAGCGAUCCCUCAGCAGACAUUCACCAAGACCUUUUCAUUUCAUUGAUAGCUUGGAGUAGGCCAAUGUUACAGACUUGUAGUCAUAAUGUUAUAUACUUAUCCUUGGAGGACAUGGAAAUAUGUAUCAGCUUCCCUGUUGCUGCAGCCAGUUGAGAUGCUGGUGUUACCAACACAGGGGUUGAGGAAUCACUCUUCACAGCCUGAGAGGGAUCCCCAGAUAUAGAAGGCAGCCAUUCAUCCGUCACAAGGUACCAUUCUACCAUUGCUAAGCUGAGGUGGAUGAGGAGCUGAAGGAUACCAGUAUCUUGUUGUCCUCUUGCCUUACCAAGAUGCCAUUAUUUCAUGGAUGAAGCAAUGGCAUGCAGCUGUCUGCACUUUUCCAGUAUCUGCUAAUUGGUCUGAUGGAUGUGACUCUCUACAAGAGUCAUCAGUCUCUCGAUGAUGGAGGCCACUGCACAGACCAGUUAGAAAUUACAGCAGCCAUGCAUUAGAUGGUUUCCUUCAUUGUCUCACCAAGGGUUUCCUCUGGAAUCUUUGUCAGAUAUCAUACAUCUCAACCUUGGUUUCUGCAUGGACUUGGACUCAUUUGGCAGUCCUUACUUUCUCUCAUCAUGGACUUGGUCUCCCAUCUUCUCUGAUUGUCUGUCUGUAGUCAGCUAGUUGUUCAUGUGUGUACUGCUUGGACCCAAAUCUUUUGCGGGGCACGCUCACUCCCAGGUAUCAGGUAGCAUUUGAGCUGGUAGAGGGAUGGGAACACAGAUGUGACACUAGGCUUCCUCAUUACUCUUCAUAAAUGAACAGAUGUUGCCAUAGAAUUUGCAGCUCCCUGAUCCUGUGAAUGACCAGACCCCUAGACCCUCUGGGCAGGAGUCCAUAGAGCUAAUUGCAGCUCAAGCAGACCAUUCUUAUUUGGAAACUGAAGACAUAAUUCAUGCUGUUUCCUCGAUGGCCUUUCCGAAUUCUCCUUCCUCAGAUGGUACAACUGUCUCACAUACCUCAUUAGAAUGGUUGCUCUUGUAUACUGUCAGUUCUAGUGCCUUCCCCUCCUUUUUAGGAGUCAGGGUGGUGACGAUUAGGGCUAUUCAACCAUCAUUCUGACAUUCUUGAUGUUUGCUCCUUAGAAACACAGGUGGAUAAUAUUACUGACCAAACCCAAUUUUACAUCACAUGGCCUGGAUGCUCUCAUGCUACUGACAUGCAUGUGGCAUUGGACCAAUCUGGACCUGCCUUGCAAGGACCUGCAGUGCCUGGCUCAUCCCCCAUGGCAAAGCUGCAAAUAUCCCCUUCCUACAAGAUGCUGCAUUCUGUACCCAUGGUCAUUGCCAGCAAGUGGCAUUGCAGCUCAGUUUUCCAAUAGCUUGAUAGCUGCCUUCCUCUGUAUUCUCCCUUCAAGUUUUGCUCAGAAUUAUAGGAAGGUUUUAGCACAGAAAGAAGACAGUCAGCCCAUCGUGUACUUUGUUUAAGUCCCCAAAUAAUAUUCCAUGUUUCAGUAAAAUCACCUCCCAUUCUUCUAUAGUCCAAUGAGUACAGGUCCAACCUAUUCAAUCUUUCUUCAUUAGACGGUUGCUGGUAUCAGCCUAGUGAACCUUCUCUGGACUGCCUCCAAUGCCAGUAUAUCUUUUCAUACUACCAUACGUGCUCCAAUAUUUCUUCCACAGAAAUGUGGCAAAUUAUUUUAGUAAAGAUGCAACAGGAUGCAAAGUUGCUCAAAAAGAAAAAUCAAAUAACUGGAGCCUUCCAAAACUUAAUAAUCUAAUUCAACUAGUUAAACAGGUUUGUAAACAGCAAAAAGACUAAAAUGAAUUUGAGAUUCAGGUUAACUCUUCAACAGCUGGUAUUCCUUCAUGCAAUUCAGAACACAAUGUAUAUGCAUGUUUCAGAUCAUACGUAAUGAAAGUGAAGUAUUCCCACAAAGUACACUUCCUGAACAUUCCUGAAAUAGUAUAAAUCAGACUGGUGCAAAAAACCAUUUCUAUUUGUCAAUUAAGCUAUUCUCAAUUUGUCUUCUUUUUGUUUUUCUUUCUUCUUAUAUUUUAAUUUACUCAUUACAGGGCUUCAGGAGAAAAAAUAACUAUAAUUAUCUGCACCAUGAAAUAAAUAGAUUAAGGUUUAUGGAGUUUUAAAGCAGAAUAUAAUCAAAUAAAACAUUUGAUGUAAUUCAUUGACAUUGUGCAUAUAAUGUACAAUUGAUCAGAUAGUUUUCAAAAUGCCUCUUGACUCCAAUAUGUUAGAGACAGUGUGAGACAUAAAGCUGCACCCAGAGCAGUCUAUUUUGCAGCAAACAUAGAGUCAUAAAGAUGUACAGCAUGGAAACGGACCCUUCGGUCCAACCGUCCAUGCCGACCAGAUAUCCCAACCCAAUCUAGUCCAACCUGCCAGCACCUGGCCCAUAUCCCUCCAAACCCUUCCUAUUCGUACACCCAUCCAAAUGCCUCUGAAAUGUUGCAAUUAUAACCAUGAGCAGAAUUGGUUCCAAAGAGUCUCUUUGAGCUACACAAAUGCAACACUAUGUCAAUGUCUCCUGAUAGAGCAUGGUGAUUUCCCUUUAAAAGUAUAGUGAGUGGAGGCAAGUUUAAGUGUGUGUAAAAUCAAUCCAGUCACUUAAUAUCUCUAAGUGUGAUUGACCAAGAAGCUUUCCAAACUUCUCCGUUCCGGCCAGAAUAGCUUUCAUUACAAACAAUAAUGUUUGAAACUAUGGUUUUAAAAUGUUGGAAUUUUACAGUUAGAUUGGUAUAUUAGUUUUAAUAAAAUAAUGGUUAUUUCAUUACAACAAAUUAUUUGUUUGCAAUGUGUACAGAAAACUCUUAAACAAACUUAUGGUAUUUAAUUAAAUAAUGUCUUUAUAAAACAAGAAACAAAGCUUUGUGACCAAGUAAUGUAGUGUUUGAUAGAUGGGUCCAUAUUGCUGUUUACCCACUGAUUCCUUUUCUUUGCAAGCAUGCAUGGGGUGUUGGUUUGCAUGUAUUUAUUUUAUUUUGAAUUACCAUGAUACAGAAAAUGUUAAAAUUUUAAAUAAUUUUGAAAGAUAACAGUUCUAAACUAUUUCUGUUUGCUAAAACCAUCAGCUACUAUAUAAAUAUGAAAAUAUUGACUUUGAA